GCAACACUGUUCCAUCUUUUUUCGAGAAUCAAAUAAGUGUGACGAGUGGAUUUUUGUGAUUUUUGUGAUAAAUAAACCAAAAUAUGUCUACACUCGCAGCACCUUUAUCCGUUGCAGGGACUAGAUCCUCGGGAGCACCAGUCAGAACUCAAAAUGUGAUGGCAGCUGCUGCUAUAGCCAAUAUUGUGAAGAGUUCACUGGGCCCGGUGGGACUAGACAAGAUGUUGGUGGAUGAUAUUGGAGAUGUUACUGUAACCAAUGACGGUGCUACUAUUUUAAAGAUGCUGGAGGUUGAGCAUCCAGCGGCAAAAGUAUUGGUGGAACUGGCUCAGCUACAGGAUGAGGAGGUGGGAGAUGGCACCACCACUGUUGUUAUAAUUGCUGCUGAAUUGCUCAAGAAUGCAGAUGAAUUAGUAAAGAACAAGAUCCAUCCAACCAGUGUUAUCUCCGGCUACAGGCUGGCUUGCAAGGAGGCGGUUAAGUACAUUCAGGACAACCUGACUGUCAGUGUGGAGUCACUCGGUCGCUCUUCCAUUGUCAAUGUUGCCAAGACUACAAUGUCCUCAAAACUUAUUGGAGCUGAUGCAGAUUUCUUCUCCGAGAUGGUUGUUGAUGCUGCCCAAGCGAUUAAGACAACAGAUGCUAAAGGCAAUGCUAUUUAUCCAAUUAAAGCUGUGAAUAUACUCAAAGCGCACGGCCGGAGCGCACGGGAGAGUGUACUAGUGAAAGGUUACGCUCUCAACUGUACGGUUGCCUCACAGGCUAUGCCAAAGAAGAUUGUAAACGCUAAGAUUGCUUGCCUUGACUUCUCUUUACAGAAAACUAAGAUGAAACUUGGUGUUCAGGUAUUAGUCACAGACCCUGAAAAACUAGACGCGAUCCGCGCCCGCGAGUUAGACAUCACAAAAGAGCGUCUGAACAAGAUCCUAAGCACGGGAGUUAACGUGAUCCUUUGCACCGGGGGCAUAGACGACCUGUGCCUCAAGUACUUUGUGGAGGCCGGAGCUAUGGGAGUGAGACGGUGCAAGAAGUCCGAUUUGAAGAGAAUUGCCAAAGCUACUGGCGCUGCCUAUCUUACUUCAUUGACAAAUAUGGAAGGUGAAGAAGUAUUUGAGCCGAGCAUGAUUGGUGAAGCCGCAGAGGUGGUCCAGGAGGAAAUAUGUGAUGACCAGCUCAUUCUUAUCAAGGGUCCAGCAAGUCGUACAGCAGCUUCGAUCAUCCUCCGCGGUCCCACAGACGCGUACUGCGACGAGAUGGAGCGCUCGGCUCACGAUGCACUGUGCGCGGUGCGUCGUGUGCUCGAGUCGGGCCGUGUGCUGGCCGGUGGUGGUGCUGUUGACGCAGCACUCUCUAUAUAUCUGGACAACUUUGCUACCACACUUAGUUCUCGUGAGCAACUAGCUAUUGCAGCUUUCGCACAGUCGCUGCUGGUCAUCCCCAAGACGUUGGCGGUGAACGCGGCGCGAGACGCCACAGACCUUGUUGCCAAACUUAGAGCAUACCACAACUCCUCUCAGACUAAGGUAGAGCAUGCAAACUUGAAGUAUGUAGGCCUGGAUCUAACAGAAGGAACACUCCGUGACAACUUAGCCGCUGGAGUAAUAGAACCAGCAAUAUCUAAGAUCAAAUCUCUUAAAUUCGCAACCGAAGCUGCCAUUACGAUUCUACGUAUCGACGACCUGAUCAAACUGGACCCAGAACAGAAGGGUAAGAGUUACGAAGACGCUUGUAAUGCCGGGGAACUGGAUUAAUUGGUGACCAGUCUAGAUUGGCCUGUGUUUGUUCGGAGUGAACUGUUUAAUUUAGUGCCUAAUUGCUUUUCUUACAGUGACUUUUAUUUUGUAUUGUUAAAACACACGCACGUCACAAGUUUCAUAUAUUUUUAUACAAAAAAAAACGGAUAUUAAAAAAAUACUUCCAUAGUCUAUGUGCAUACUUUAUGGUUCUGUGACGGAAUUUUAGUCUAUGGUUUUAAGAGACAAUUUUAUUGUAGCUGUAAUAUUAAAAUUGUGUCUUAUCACUGAAAAUAAAUGUAAAAGUUUUCUGGUAAACUGGCUACUAUUUUCCUUAUUUUCAUGCUGUUUUGUAUGUUAUAUGUUUGUAUUGUGAUUUUCUUGAAAUGUAAAAGUAUUUUGAAGUUGUAUUUCUCAAAAAUAAUGUCAGGAUCGCAAUGCAUUUACGUUAUUAUUGUUGAAAAUGGUGUAACAAAAAAAACUAACUAUUAUUUAAAGAAAUAUAACUUCGAAAGAAUCUGUUCUCAAAGCCUGAUGAAAUAAAUAGAAUAUUAUUACACUUGUGCCUUUAACCUACACAUGCAUAUAGAUAUUAUUUU